AUGGCAGACACAGAUGCCGACACCAGCCAUGGAGGCUGGAAAGCCUAUGAAUACUACCCUUCGAUGGCUGCGGCCGUCAUCUUCCUCCUUCUCUUCAUCGUCGUCAAUCUCCUGCAUACAUACCACCUGAUCCGGACCCGGACGUGGUUCUUCAUUCCGCUCGUGCUAGGCGGUUGGUUCGAAUUCCUCGGUUAUAUAGGACGCGCCAUGUCCGCGAAGCAAUCGCCGGACUGGACGCUCGGCCCGUACGUUAUGCAGAGCACCCUACUGCUCAUCGCACCCGCCCUCUUCGCCGCGAGCAUCUAUAUGGAACUGGGUCGGAUUAUAUACCUUGUCAAAGGACAGGCGCUGUCCAUCAUCCGCGUGAACUGGAUGACCAAGAUUUUCGUGGCGGGGGAUGUGUUGAGUUUCCUGAUGCAGGCUUCAGGAGCGGGAAUUAUGGUGAAAGGAUCCGAGGGCACCGGCAAAGGUGUCAUCCUCGGUGGCCUCUUCGUGCAGAUCAUCUUCUUCGGCUUCUUUUUGAUCAGCGCCAUUUUCUUCCAGAGGCGGAUUGGCAGCCGGCCCACGCCGCAGUCGGUCGACGUGUAUAUCCCCUGGCGGAAGCAUCUGUUCGCGCUGCACGCGUCCAGCGUGCUGAUUCUGAUUCGGUCCAUCUUCCGUGUGGCCGAGUAUGCUGGGGACACAGACGGGGUUCUGAUGUCGAGUGAGGCCUUCAUCUAUAUCUUCGAUGGACUCCUCAUGUUCCUCGUUAUGCUCAUCUUCGUGGUCGUUCACCCGAGCGAGGUGAAUUGCCUCUUGGGCAAGGGGACGUAUAUGACCGUGAGGGGUGGGUUAGGAGUUAACGCGAAAAACAUGCCCGUUUAA